GUGUAUAUAUAAAAUAGAAUGCAAUUGAAUGCUUACUGCCAACCAACGUGGCAAUGACUGAAAAGACGGACAGUGCCAACACUCUCGAGCAGCAUCCACAGCAGGCCGUAGAUGAACCGUUGCGUGUCCAGGUAAAAAGCGAGAAGAUUGACGCCGAGGUUGAGGCGAAGCUGCGGGCCAUCAAAUCGGAAGGUUCGCCGCCCUCGACGGGCACACUGACCGAGAGCGAUAGUAACGAUUCCCUGCUGGAGGAUAAGAAACAAAUAGUGCCUGUGAAAUCAUCGAAUGAGAUCCUCGCCGAGCUUUUUGGCGUCUUCAAUGCGGCACCACCCGAGGCGCUGCUGGAUGACAAGAACCUGCUAAGGAAACACAAGAGAUCCAAGAAGGAGAAAAAGAAAAAAUCGCGCGGCAAACAUGAUAAAUCCGAUGGCGAAUGCUCCGACACAGAUGUGGCGUCCGCCAAACACAAAAAUAAGCGGAAGAAACACAAGCAUAAGCACAAGGAUGGUAGAGAUAAGCACAAGGACAAGGAUCGUGAAAAGUCCAAGGAGAGGCGAAUAGGCACAAUCAAACACGAGGAGAAGUCGGAAACGACAAGGAAACGCCAUGCGACGGCGACUGAGGCGGACAAGGCACCAGUGCUGGCCAAGAAGGAGGCGAAUUCCAUUGCCGAAAGGGAACGCGAAAGGGAGCGCGAAAGUGAAAAGGAGAAGGAUCGGGAACGGGAACGAGAGCGGGAAAAAGAACGGGAACGGGAAAAAGAACGGGAGCGGACACGUGGCCAUAAUAGCUUCUAUAAUGGCUACCACGAUGGAAAGCGUCCUCGCUCCAAGGAGAAGAAUAUUAGAUCCACAAAGGCCAAGCUGGAGCGCCGGCAAUCCGAUGAGAUCUCGCUCUCCGAUGAGGAGACCUAUCUGCGCGAGAAGGCAAACGGGCGCAACAAUUUCUAUGGCAACUCCUCCAAGCCGGAUCCCAGCGAGAGUAAGCGUCACAUUAACUCCUCCGCACGUCACACAAAUAGCUCCAGCGCUAGGCAGCGCUCCCGAUCCCGCUCACGCUCACGUUCACGGGAUUUGGGCAUCGAUAAGAAGCGGCUUUUGGAGAUUGCCCGGCGCAAUGCGAUCAGCAUGUUCAAGCGGGGCAAUAUGGCUGGCGUGGCCGAGAUGACGCCGGAGGUGAAGGAUAAGGUGCUGCUGAAGAUGCGCUACGGCGGACGCAGCGUGCAGGACUUGACGGACUUUUGCAAGAAGAUAUCCAACGGCGAAAUGCUGUCCGAUCUCAGUUCCGAUGAGGAUUCCGAUGUGGAUAAGAACGGCAACACCAAGGCCUUUCAUCAUCCCUUCCAGCUCAAGGAGCGCGAACCGAUUGUCAUGCACAUACGGAACGCAACCCCCAUUGUGCCGGCCACUCGACGCGAGGAGCAAACGAAGGCGAUAACGAUGCAGUUUCCCGUCUCAUCUGGGCAGGUGCAUCGCAUGUCCGAGGUGUGGGUGCCUGUGGAUGCACUGGCGCCACUGCCUGCCCUGCCGCCCGCCAAGCAGGCCACCAAUAUGUUCAAGGAUGUGCAGAGGAAUGUCUUUGCCAAGUCGCUGCCACAGCAGGAGAUGCAGGAGCCUGCCUUUAAGCCGGCCCCCAAUCUGUCUGAAGCCGACGGCACAAAUGAUCCUGAUGGCUGUGUUGCGACAAGUGCGUCCACGACACUGCCUCCGCUUCCUCCUUUACCGGUGCAAGCUCCUGCAGCGGCAGCUCCUGCUCCAAUUCCUCCGCCUCCCAAGCCGCCAGCGCCUUUUGUGCCAUUUGUACCAGAGGUGCCCAUACCAUCGACAGCGGCCCGAACUACGCCGGCGCCAAGGGUCUCCAUUUUUCCCGAAGCUCUGGCGCCCAGCAAGGAUGUGUCCAGCAUAAUUACACAGCGUUUAAGUGCUAUAAGGAGAUUACAGGAUAACCCCGCCGAUUCAGAGGCGCUAAAAAUGAUGUACAACGCGCAGCGGGACAUGACCUCGUGGGCCUCAUCAAAGUAUCUGCCCGGCCAGUUUACGGGCAGCACGGGUGCCCAGGUGAUGAAGGUGCACGAGCUGAGCAGCGGGCCGCAGUUGUGGGCGCGCAAGGAUCAGUUGACCUCCACCAAGCCCGUCACGGGCGGCAUGGGCAUGACACUGUUGCAGAAGAUGGGCUGGAAACCGGGGGAGGGUCUCGGCCGUAGCAAGACGGGCUCGCUGCAGCCACUUCAGCUAACUGUAAAGCUGGACAAGCGUGGUCUGAUCUCUCGCGAGGAUAUCAAACAACAGCCGGCACGUGCAACGGGUGCACGUGCAUCAUCCAAGAACACAAAUGCAUCAAAUAUCGCACAGGUUGCGCUCACCGCCCAGGACAAGCAUCCGGUUUGUGUGCUCAACGAACUGACAUCGAAGAAUCGGUGGACGCCACCGCAAUAUACGCUAAGAGGCGAUUCGGGGCCAUCGCAUAGUCGCAUGUUCCUCUUCUCCGUGGAGAUCAAUGGACAGUCGUACACGCCCGCCCAGAGUUGCAAUAACAAAAAGGAGGCCAAGAUGAAUGCGGCCAAAUUGUGUUUACGAGCUUUGGGCAUUUUGCCACCCAGUUAACGAGAAAUCUCGGAUUUCUCUGGGGGGCGCCUCAAAUGCUGCCUAAUGUAAGUAUAGUUAGAAACCUGUAUAUGUAUAUGUCUGUGUAUAUAAUUAUCAAUAAACUAUUAAUAGUUAACUGUAAGGGCCUCUUGCAAUGAAAUAAUAAAGAGCGAGGCAAAUAUUGUCCUUGCUGAAAUGCGCCAGAUUUUCAAUAAAAA